UUCCUUACUCUAUUGUUACGUUGUAACAAACCGGGGCAGAGGCGAGGAAAAGGAGGACGUCAAUCUGGCUUAAAUUCUCUAACAUUUGACAUUAACCUACUGUACCAAACAAGGCGAGGGAAAUAACUACUUGAAGAAAAGCGACAUCCGUUCGAUGAAACCGCCCCUGCAAAGGAUAAACGAAUACAGAUGUCAGCGGAUUGCUCUUCCAAUGCAAGCAUUUAAAGGCUCAAAACAGGAAGAUAAGAAAUUCGGCAGUUAUCUCCCUAUUUUUACAUAUUAGCCGAAACGGACGAUGUCAAUAGCCUAAUAAAUUUUGACCAAACUGCUUGACGUCCUUCUUUCCCACCGCCUGCCCCGGCUAUACCAGGAUUGCUACGUCAAAGUUAAAUGGAACAUGCACUCCUGAAGCGACUAUAAAAUACAUUUCCUUAAUGUUCUCCAAAUUCUGAUCUCUGAUUUAAUCUUGUAUAGCCUAUUAAUGCUAAAAUAGUGUAUUGUACUGACAAUCCCAGAUUAUAGGCAUUCAUACUGAACAAAUUAACAAUUUUUUUUUCCAGAAAUCGUUGAGUAACGUUACAUCUAGAUAGAGGAGCCAAAACUGUCUAGGAAUAAAUAUUAGCAAAAAUCGAAAUAGGUCGUUACAAGAUCCAUGAACAAUCAACCGUGAAUAAAAGGAACGUUCAGCGAGUUGAUCGGGAGAAGAGAGUCCUUUUUUCUGCCGAAGACGCCAAGUUUCCAUGGAGGCAGUUUCAUCUCUCAGCCUCAAGCGAAGAUUCGAGGAGGUGGACAGUGGCUCUCCAUACUCUACGCCCAAGGACUCAGACGAUGACAUCUCAAGCAGUGACAGCGCUGACAGCUGUGAUAGCCUCAACCCCCCCUCAAGCACUGCACUCACACCGACCUCCAUCCUAAGACGGCACAAGCCUCCUUCAGGUCGGAAGCGGGUGCGGUUUGAUGUGGUGACAGUGUACUACUUCCCCAGACGGCAGGGCUUUACCAGUGUGCCCAGCCAGGGUGGCAGUUCCUUGGGCAUGGCACGCCAUCACUGCUCUAUCCGCCGAUACACCCUGGGAGAGUUUGCCCGCGAGCAGGAGACCAGUCAUCGCCACACCCUGCGCCAACACCUCCGCCAGGAGAAGCUCAAUGCUCGCAAGAUGAAGCUCACACGCAACGGUACGGUGGAGUGUGCCCAGGCUGACCUGCUGACCCUGGACCAAGUGUCAGACGAUGAUCUGGAUGUGGAGGGGGUGGAGGUGGAUGACUGCUUCUUCCUGCAGCCGCUGCCCACAAAGCGGCGUCGGGCACUGCUUAGGGCCUCUGGCAUUGCCCGUAUAGACACCCGGGAGAAGGCGGAGCUUCGGACAAUCAGGCUGUCCCGGGAGGAGUGUGGCUGUGACUGCCGCUUCUACUGUGACCCUCGCCACUGUGGCUGCAGUCAGGCUGGCAUCAAGUGUCAGGUGGACAGGAUGUCUUUCCCCUGUGGCUGCUCGCGGGACGGCUGUGGGAACUCAGCGGGCCGCAUUGAGUUCAAUCCUCUGCGCGUGCGAACACACUACCUGCACACAAUCAUGAAGCUGGACCUGGAGAAGAGAAAGCUGCUGGGUCAUCGAGCUGUGGUCGGGGACCAGUAUGCGGAGGAGGCCGACCUUCUCUCCUGUCCCUCGUCCUCCAGGCCUCCCUCCCCGGAUCUUGGCCUGGACUCUGAGUUAGAGGCUGAGGAGAGGGAGGUCCAGAUGGUCCUUGAGGCUCAGGACCUCCUGACUGAGCAGGCCCGUCUGGAGCGGGAGAACGAGACCGCCGUGCUCCACCUGCAGAGUGCAGAGGAGCAGGAGAGGAUGAGGGAGGAAGAGGAGGAAGAAGAGGCACAGCGGGGUAGGGGUGGAGCAGGGGGCCUUGGGGAGCAGGCGUUGUGCCUUCUGCCUGGGGAGAUGGGGGUGGGGGUGGAAGGGGUUCCCGUCUCUCUCCUCCAGGGUCCGUUCCCCACUGGGACCACCCUGCUCUGCAUCCCAGAGAACCAGGAGGGAGAGGGGGAGGAGGAGGACAACCCCCGUGGCGGCCCGAAAGACCCGGCCUCCUCCCUGCUCUACUACAAGUAUAGCUCCACGGAGAAGGAGCCGCCCGAGGAGCCUCUGCCUGGGGAGAAAGAGGAGAGUGAGGAGAAAGAACCAAGGGUAGGAGAGGUGCGGGAGAGGGAUGAGAAUGGAGGUAUAACCUGCGGGCAGGAUGAGGGCGAGGUUCCUUCCCCUGUGGCUCUGAGCUCAGAGAUUGGCGGUGGGGCUAAGGAGCCACCUUUCGACCCCCAGCAGAGCUCCUCCGUAGAGCCGAGUCAGGAAACUGGCUGUCUGGCCCCAGAAGGAGAGCUGUACCCACCACUCCCGGCUGAGGUUUAGUUCCAGCACCGCUGCAGAUGUUUUGCACAAUAGCUUCAUUUUGAGCUGAAUAAAACCUACACUCCAUGGAUAGACAGUGCUGUUAUUAUCAAUGACUUGAUCGUGAUGUUACAGGUUAGAACUCAUAAUAGUAACCCUAAUUACUACACAAAUCUAUUUGGAAGAAAUUAGCAUGUCCAUUAAAAUACAGCGAAGGAGGGGAAAUCAUCCUGAAAGCACACACAGAUCUUUCCCCUGCUGUAGUACUGUCGCUUCAGUUGUUAGUCAGUGGAAUGCUCUUAAUCUAAUGGGAGGGGCUCCUGUUUCCCAGAAUGCACUGUGUAGGGAACAUGUAGCCCUUUGGAAUGAAGCCUUGUUGGCCUUAAUGAAAGACAUUGCACCAGGAGAACACAUGCUUGUGUGGGAGGUGUCGUUCAGUCAUUGAGAACUAGUGUUGUAGUCCCCAGCACCACAAAUAGAUAAUGUGGAGUGCAAACGUUUGCUCAAGGGAACAUUUUAGCAUAAUUCCAUGGAUUCCAGUGGCUUUAUUGAAAUAGGGAGGUGGGGUUUAGAAGAAUAUGUGCCCGGUUUUAUACUAUUGAUUGACACGUUAAAAGACCAGUCGUGUUCCGAAAGUGUGACUAGUUAGUGAGCAUUGUAAACGUCACGCUGUUCUGAUACACUUGUUACAGCUGUUCAGCUCUAAAGCCAAAUUAGGACCCCCAGUAGUAUCUACCCACUCCCCACUGACUGAGAGACCUAAUGAAAAAAUCCUGGAGAUACUUGUUUUUGGUGUACUGUAUAAGUGUUUGUAAUGGGGAAGGCAGAGCUGAAAGAGCUGCUUGUUUGAUCUAUACAGUAUGCAUAUUGUGAUCAAUAGUCGUAGGCACAGGGUGCUGUGGUCCCAUCGCUACAUUGGGGCAGAAUGGUAAAACGUGUGAAGAUCAGAAGGUUUGCACUGGUUUUUCCAUCUAAACUGCAACUCUCCGAGUCUACCUACCUUAGACCGCUCGUGCAAACACAGUUUAUUUAUUAAAGGACAGGUUCACCUAUAAUAGUGACCAUUACAAUGUUAGGAGGACAUAUUACACUUUUGUUAACAAUGUGUCUUUGUAAAAUUGGGAUGCCAUUGGUAUUGAGCAACAAAAGUCGUUGUGAUCUCUGUUUUACGGAUGAAUGAAAGCAAAGCGGUCUUUGUUUUUAGUUAGCAUGUCAUAUCAUCGUGCAGGUGGUCAGAGUCCAUAUGUGUGGACCAUGUUAUGUAACAUCUAAACCUCAUGUAAUGAGUAUAUUAGGGAGGUCUGGGAUCCUCUUUGAAACUGCUAUUUUGCGUCUUAAAAUGUCAUUUAAAGAAACAUAAUUUAAAGAGACAAAAGAAAUAGAAAACCUAAGGUGUUUGAAGUAUUAUAGCAGAAAUACAGAAAAAUUAUGUGAUGUUGCUAAAUUAUGUAAAGAGGAUAUGACAAAACCUGAAUUGUAUUAGUUUUGUUGACUGUAUGGAUGUGUGCAUAUUUGCACGUUAUUUUAGUGUUUGUGUGUAUGACUGCACUCGUGUGAAUGUUAGACUGUGUGGAUGUGUGUGUUGGGUUGUUUUGGGUGUGCAUACCCUUAGUCAUAUUAUUUCUUAGAGGUGCUGUUCUUAUUGGUUUACAAUUUUACAUUUCUCCUGCCAUUACAAGAAAUAUAAUUUCAAGGACUUAAUGUAACUCAAUGGAAGUUGAAUCGUGGUUGUUUCUGGUCUGAAAUCCACAGAAAUGGCGUUGUAACCAACCAUUUCUCUGUUGAGUGGAGCAUUGCAUUAAGCCCACAGAGAGAUGGGAUGCAAUAGCUGUUGCACUGUCUGCGAAUUAUGAGAAUUGCUAUCAUUGUACAUGCUGUCAGUAUAUGUAAAUGCAGCACUAUUACAUUCUUUGUCUUUUAAACGUAUUUCUAAGCUGUAUCUGUUUCCACUGAUUUAUGUAUCGGAGCGGGCUGACUCAUCAUGCACAUAGUCUUCAUCCUCUACUGUGGCACACUUUCCUAACCGUCUAUCUGUCGUAACCUCUUAACUUUUCCCAUGAAAAUUCAUCUUAAAGCAGUUAUUUUACCUUUUAAAUCGUACCUUGAAACUCAAAUGAAAGACAUAAAAUAUGGGGGUUCGUAAAUCGCAUUAUUUAUAUUGUUUUGUACUUUUUACGGUAUUAUGUUGAUUUAUUAACUGCCUAGUUUUCCACCUUUUGAACAGUGUUGCAGCUUUGUAGCCUAUUUAAAUUCCUUUGUUUUCUAAAAACACUUAUCUAAAAACAGUGAUGGUUUGAUAUUUAUCCUUCACAAACUUCAUUACUGUUUUUUUUGUAUCCCAUGUCCUUGGUUACUAAUUUAGAUUUGUCACUCAGCCCUCUGUGUUCAAAGUUAAAGGGUGUCACUGCUGAACUUCAGCAACACAAAGGAUGCCAAUUAUAUAAAUGGACGCUGGACAGCUGGAGCAGUUCACCAAUCUUUACUGUACCUAUUCAAAGAUUAUGGUAGUUAAGUCUGGCCCAAGAGACUAGUUGACCAAUCGUGUUCAAGUGAAGACCUUACUCAUAUCCACUGUCAAAAAUGCUUUACAAGCUGGUUGAAAAGUUAAAGCUUGUCUUUAUCUAACCCAGAGUGACCCUAACUAAUACAGGAUGAGAUUCUGUGCAUGUCAUGUCUGAUAUGUUUUUCUUUUGCCUUUAUUUGUUUUCUAAUGGAAUAAUGCUUAAGAGUUGCACCAAAGCAGUGGUUUCAAACCUGACUCGUUGCUCUCAUCACCCACAAGUCUCUAAGAGAAUGAAUAGGAGACAAGCUCAGAUUCAGUGUGAACACCUUUGGUGAUCUUCACAGUUAAAUGGAUUUUCCACCAUUGCUUACCUCAACACAUUUCUUGCAUUUAAGUAACUGAAUAUCUACCUAUUUUUGAGUAUUUGGUUUUGGCUUCCUAUGAAGGGAUUUAGGUUUGGGACCACUGCACUAAAUGGGCUCCAACUCCACUAUAUCAUUAUAUGUUGGUCUGUGUGAGUGUGUGUGUGUGUGUGUGUGUGUGUGUGUGUGUGUGUGUGUGUAUGUAUGUAUGUAUGUGUGUGUGUGUGUGUGUGUGUGAGAGAGAGAGAGAGAGAGAGCAAGCAGAGGUGUACUGAGAGGAUUGACAGGUUUGUUUGGACUUUAUCUCAAAGCUGUGAGAAUUACUAUUAUGAUAACUGUUGCCUAAUGUGGACAAAAUGUUUUAUACAAAAACAAAUGUAAAUUAAAACAUACAUAAAAAAAUUAAAAAUC